AUGGAAUCUCGCAGAGAUCAUGUUGCUAAUGAGCAGCAAGAAUAUAAUCUCAUCAUCGAUGACGAUGAUCUAAAGAAACUGAUCAGUUAUAAUACUCGUUCCAUGUUUUAUAAGAUCGCUACCAUACUUGUCAUCACCAUUCUCUUUGUGUCAAUCCACACUCUAUGGUUUGACAUCGCAAACGAAAGCACGAUGUACAAGCUCACGUAUGCUUUCUUGGGUGUUGCAACCAUACCAUACAUUGGUUUGCUAGUGAGUAGUUGCAUGUACAAGGCUGUUCCGGUUCCGAGUUACCGGCUAGGACCAGAUGGACGGUUUAGCAUCUACCUAGCUACAACGAUUAUAGCGUAUUGCAUAGCUUGUAAUAUCAAAGACGUUAAUGUCAUGGUGGAAUUAACAACGCUAGCUAUUAUGGUUGUAGUGGGAGUGAUUGCAAUCGUUCAGCUAUAUUCUCCUGCUGAUGAUUUAGGUAUCGAGGAGAUCGUAAUCAUAAUGAGUUUAGGAUCGAUUUUUGGUAUUUUGGGUUGCAUUGCACAAUAUUCGUGGAUGUCCUUCUUUGGUACCAUCUGUAUCUCUCUGAUGGUUAUGUGUAUCAUCAAAUCUUGGGAACAACAACGAGAUCAUCAUCGUCGCAAGUCACUUCUUCCAGUUUAA